AUGUCAGGUGAUGGAGACAAUGAAACUACGACCUCAAAUUAUUAUACAUACGAUUACGAUGAUGAGAUCUGCAAUAAGACUGACGUGAUCCGAUUUGGGGCAAUUGUCACUCCCGUGUUCUUCUCUGUGGUCAUUGUACUCAGCUUACUGGGUAAUGCGUUGGUGCUGGUGAUUUUGGUAAAAUAUGAAAAUCUGAAAUCUUUGACCAACACUUUCCUCUUGAACCUGGCUGUGUCUGACUUGAUCUUCACCUCUGGGUUGCCUUUCUGGGCAUCCUUUCAUGUAUAUGGAUGGACCUUUGGGGAUGCUGUCUGCAAAGGGGUGAAUUUUGUGUUUCACACAGGCUUCUACAGCAGUAUUAUCUUCUUAACCUCCAUGACCAUUCACCGUUACAUGGCUGUAGUACAUCCCAUGUCUGUAGUGAUAUCGAGGAGAAGCUGUCCCUGCAUUGUAACCUCUGUGAUCAUCUGGGUUGUGAGCUUUGCAGCGGCAACUCCUGUUCUUAUCUUCAGCACGGUCAAGAUGAAUCCCAAUGAACCUAAUGUAAACUACUGUGGGAUUGCAGAUCUCAACUGGCAGCUUUGGAGCACCUAUCAAAAGAACGGCUUCUUCAUUUUUGCAUUUGUGAUCAUGAUUUUCUGCUACGUUCAGAUCCUCAUGCGCCUGCUCCGUCCUACGUCUCACACAAAGCGGAGGACGGUGAGACUGAUCCUAAGCAUUGUGGUGGUUUACUUCCUCGGCUGGGCACCUUACAAUGUAUCCAUUUUCCUUAACUCUUUGAUGGCAUGGAAUGUGAGUCCAUUCAAUGAGUGUCACAUCAGCAUCACAAUAGACUAUAUUUUCUAUGUGUGUCGGCUGGUAGCUUUCUCUCACUGUUGCCUGAAUCCCGUGUUUUAUGUCUUUGUUGGGAUAAAAUUCAGGAAUCAUUUGAAGGUGUUGUUACGGAUGUUCUGUAAGUCCAGUGCUGAUCCACAAAAUCGCCAUAGCCUGCUAAUUUACUCCAAUGGUGAAGAAUUCUCCAUGUACUAA